UCUAAUUCAAGAAUACCUGGUUAUGAUAUAGAUAAAGUAUUUAUUUUAGUAAAAAAAAAGGAUUUUCAAGGAGCAGAUUAUAUACCAAAUUUUUAGAAUCUUAAAAAUAGCUUUAAAACGUACUGUUAACGUCAAAAAAAAUUAAUCAAUUUAUCAAAAAUAUAAAUCACUUUUUCAAAAUUUUAAAAGUAAACAAUAAAUAUCAAAAAACAUGUCUGAAUUGUCUGUAGUUACCAAAUAGCCUGGUGAUGGCAAAACCUAUCCUAAAAAGGGUUAAAAUGUUACUGUACAUUAUGUAGGUACAUUCCCUGAUGGCAAAAAAUUUGAUUCCUCAAGAGACAAGAACAGACCCUUCAAGUUCGUCUUGGGUGCAGGUUAAGUUAUUAAAGGCUGGGAUGAAGGUGUAGCCAGAAUGAGUCUCGGUGAAAUCGCUGUUAUCACUUGUCCUUACUAAUAUGCAUAUGGUGAACAAGGAUAUCCCGGAGUUAUUCCUCCUAAAGCCACCUUGGUUUUCGAAGUUGAAUUAUUAGGAUUGAAUUGAAGAAAAUUUAUUUAAUUAAUAAAGAGAGUUGAUGUAACAAAUAUGAGAUAGUUAAAAAGGAAAGCCAAUUAGAUAUCAAUAAUUAACAUAUAAAUAAAGCUUAUCUUACCAAUUUGUAUUCCUCUAUUUUUUAAUACAUGUUGUCUUAAACAUUGUGAUUUUAUAGAUAUUUUUUACCA